GCUCCUUUUGUGUGGCCCUGACUGCACCACUCGGGCUGCUCCGCCCCGGAACUGACCUCACCCAGCCGGCAUAGCCGCCUCCAGCGCUCCCUGAACGAGGUUUAUCUCUCUAGGAUUGGAGUCAGUGGCAUGCUCAGGAGAUCUGGACUGUCUUUGGGUCAGUACUUUCUGAGAAGGAAGAACCGUGCUGGAUUUAGCUGGUACUUCAACAAGACAAAAAUGUCAAGGCUGGUUCAAGCUCGAAGACUGGAAGGAAUGGACAAGAAUGUCUGGGUGGAAUUUGUGAAACUGGCUGCCACUUACCCAACCGUGAACCUUGGCCAGGGCUUCCCUGACUUUCCCCCACCAGACUUUGUGAAGGAGGCGUUUAUGAAAGCCGUCGGUGGGGAGAACAUCAUGCUGCACCAGUACACCCGGGCCUUUGGACACCCGGCGCUGGUGACGAUCCUGGCCCGCUUUUUUGGGAAGCUGCUAGGGCAAGAACUGGACCCUCUGACCAAUGUGCUGGUGACGGUCGGGGCAUACGAAGCCCUUUUCUGCUGUUUCCAGGCUCUGGUUGAUGAAGGCGAUGAGGUGAUUAUCAUUGAGCCGUUCUUUGACUGCUACGAGCCGAUGGUGAAGAUGGCUGGGGGCACUCCUGUGUUCGUACAACUGCGACCAAAAGCUGCAGAAGCCGGAAAACUGAUGUCCAGCGGAGACUGGCAGCUGGAUCCAGCAGAGCUGGCUUCCAGAUUUACCGAACGAACCAAAGCCAUCGUUUUGAACUCACCCAACAACCCCCUGGGGAAGGUGUUCACCAGGGGGGAGAUGGAGCUCAUUGCAGACCUGUGUGUGAAACACGAUGUCCUGUGCUUCAGUGAUGAAGUGUACGAAUGGCUAGUCUAUGAUGGGAAGGAGCACAUCCGGAUUGCCAGCUUGCCGGGCAUGUGGGAUCGCACGAUAACCAUUGGGAGUGCUGGGAAAACCUUCAGCGCCACAGGAUGGAAGAUUGGUUGGACUUUGGGGCCUGAUCGCCUUCUGAAACACCUCAGAACUGUCCACCAGAACUCUGUGUAUCACUGUCCAACAGCAGCUCAGGAAGCGGUGGCUCAGGCAUUCCAAAGAGAGUUUGACAACUAUGGGAAGCCAGACAGUUAUUUUGUCCAGCUGGCCCAGGAGCUGCAGCAGAAGCGGGACUGGCUAGUUCGGAGCCUAGUUGCUGGGGGCAUGAAGCCCAUUGUCCCUGAGGGCACCUACUUCCUGAUGGCAGACUUCUCAGAGUUCAAAAGUGAAGUACCUGACCUCCCGGAUUCUGAUGAACCCUAUGACUCUCGGUUUAUAAAGUGGAUGAUUAUAAACAAGGGUUUAGUUUCCAUUCCAGUCUCCGCUUUCUACAGCACUCCACACAAGAGGAAUUUUGACCAUUUCAUCCGCUUCUGCUUUGCGAAGGAGGAAUCUACGCUGAAGGCAGCAGAAGACAUACUGCAACAAUGGAGUCUGGAGAAAACUGGCCAGUGAAUGCUUUGGACAGAAUACCAGGCAGGCUCGCCCGUGCUCUGCUGCUAUGUCCUGCUCUCCUUGAUGCAGCCAUUGUGGCUACAGAUUCUUUGUUUACUGUUUUUGUUUUAACUCUUUAUUGCAUCAUUGGAUUUCAGUCACCUUCUCUAUCAUGCACAUGGGCAAGAGGUUUGUCAGCCCUCAGAUCUGGUUCAAAGUUUCUCAUUGCUGUCCACUAGCAAAAAGGUUUUACUGUUCCUUGGGACUUAUGAGCCAGUAUAUACACUGGUAAAACUUUAUUUUCUCUUUUUUACUUUCAAAAGCUUCACUAACUUAUUCAUACUGGGUUCCCUGCAGCUAAAACACAAGGCAAAAAUGGUUGCUGGGCUCCCUGUCCUGCUCCAUAACAUUCUAUAUGUUCUAAAUAGGCUGGUCCCCAUGAUCCUAAGUCAUUAGAGUCCAAUGACAGGUGAACUUUUACUUUAUCAGAACUUUUCCCACUGGUUCCUUCUGUUCCAUCACCUUGCAGAAUGGACCUACCAGCUCAUCCAGAAAACAGACAGUCCAAGUAGUUAAUCUAGUCUAGUCUACCUUUAAACUCUCCCCUCCAUCCCCCUAAUAGAACCAGGCCUGGCUGAGCUCUAAUUGUCACCUCCUAGCAGAGUAUCACCCAAAUUAUAAAGCAGGUACUUCGGGCCUUCAAGAACGAUGCAGAUUCAACUAGGAAAGGAAGAAUUUAAAGUUGCAGGGCCUGUCCUCCUUUCCCUGUAUACUUUUGGUGCUUUAGAGAAAUUCAGUAGUGAGGGGAAGCUAGCAGAGAUUUUGUGUAUUUGUGUCUUUCAGAUGCUCCCUUGUGGGAACAACUGGAUUAUUCUUGACAAAGUUUAGAUAAUUAACUCUGAUGUAGCAUCUUAAUUUAAACCUAGGUAAGAAUGUGAAUCUAAAUUAAUGUAAACUAGCUUCUUAAAUCGUUCCAAAGUAGAGCAUAACUGAUCUUGUAAUAAGGAUUUAGAGUACAAGUUUAAAUUACUAAAAUGUACGUAAAGGAAUAAAUAUUGGUCUACUUAAUACCUCUGUUUUAACAUUCUUCAUCUGCUCUGGCCAUCAAUAAUAUUUUACCUUAACUGUGGAGGGCUGCAUUGACACUGCUGAAUUAGAGACAAUGACCAAAUUCUACUCUUACACCAUUGCAAUCCUUCUGAAGUUACGGAGGUUGCACAAGAGACAGUGAGGCUAUGUCUACACUACGCACCAUUUAGCGACACAGCUGUGCCACUAAAAGGUGCACAGUGUAGCUGCUCUUUGUCGGCUCUCCUGCCUACAAAAAACUUCUACCCACAAUGAGCGGUGGUAGCUUUGUCGGCAGGAUAGCUUCCCUCUUCCCCCCCCCCCCCCCCCCCAGUGCUGUUCACAUUGGCACUUUUUGUCAGUAAAACUUUCGUUAAACAGGUGGGUGGGUUUUGUUUUUUCCACACCCCUGAAUGACAAAAGUUUUAGGGAUGAAAGUGCAGUGUGGACAAAGCCUGAGAAGAGAAUUCGCCUUGCGGUCUAGGCCAAGGAAGGAUGACCAGCUAGCUUAAAACACUUAUCGCUUUCCUGUAUGUUUCAAAGGUGUGAAGAUUAAAGGAAUUGUCAGAUUAUUACAAUAAAAAAGAACGGGAUUUAAAAUUGCA